AUGUCAUCGGAAGAAGUUAACAGAGUAACGGCAGCAGUGCCUACGGAAGAAGCUGGCCAGUCAGUCAGUAGCACAAGCCAAAACACAAGUACAGCUACUUCCAACGUCAACUCCCCACGUCCUCCAGACCAAGUCAGCCGUUCAAAUAACCUCCAGCGUAUUCAGCAACGCAAGCAACACGUAUUCAACUGGCCUCAAAGUAAGAAGUUGAUUAAAUUGGCGAACUACAGCGCGUGUCAAGUAGAAGAGUGUAAAUGUAACGGCUGGAAAAACAGCCUGCCACUGGUAAAAUCGCCUCAGAAAGAUGGACAACCUCAACAGCAAGCCCAGCAGCAGGUUCCCAAUUUCAGUGAUCCAUGUCGAUGUUGCAAUCAUACUCUAGACAAUCAUAUUAGUCAUUUACCAAAACAGUCAGAUGAAGAGAUUAACAGAUUACUAGGGAUGGUCGUGGACGUCGAUAACAUAUUUAUGGGUAUGCAUCGCGAAGAAGAUACAGAUACUAAGAAAGUUUAUUAUUAUUUAUUUAAAUUAUUAAGAAAAAACAUAUUAGCAAUGACUAAACCAGCCGUUGAAGCGCCUCUCGGACAACCGCCUUUUGAAAGACCGAGUAUCGCAAAGGCGAUUAAUAAUUUUGUUUUAUAUAAAUUUAGCCACUUGCCGCAGCAUGAUUGGCAAGCAAUGUAUGACUUAGCUAAAAUGUUUCUUCACUGUCUGAACCAUUGGAACUUUGAGACACCAAGCGCUAGAAGAAUAUCUGCUAACCUGGAAGAUCCGACGCCUUAUAAAAUAAAUUACACGCGGUGGCUCGUUUAUUGUCAUGUUCCAGCAUUUUGUGAUUCGCUGCCGCAUUACGACACUACGUUAGUAUUUGGAAAAACAAUGUUACAAGCGGUAUUUAAAUCUGUUUGCCGACAACUUAUGGACAAAUGUCACAGCGAGCGAGAUAAAAUGUCACCUGACAAGCGAGUUCUUGUACUGACCCAUUUUCCAAAGUUCUUAUCAAUGCUCGAGGGUGAAAUUUUCUCAAACACUUCACCUAUUUGGGAUCCGGAAUUCAAGCAAGUACCGCCUUAUCAUCUCCAUUUAUCACUAGACGCAAAAACCAACGCUGGACGUCGUACGGGUGAAUUUGAAAAGGUAACACUUACUCCCAAUGAUAAAGACAAUUACACGACAAUAAAUAUCAGUCCAGGAGUUAAGCGAGCCGGAGAUAAGCGACCUCAUACUGAAGGAAGGUCUGAGAGUAAGAAGAAACGAACUGAAGAAGCCUUUGAGGACUUGCCUGAGGAGACUGUCGCUGUUGUUUUGGACACGAUUAAUGAUCCAAAUUACAUGUGUGGUCCCGAUGCCGUUUUCCCGCCAAAUGUACCAAGAGACGAGACUGCCAAGCUGGAAGAAGCGAAGAAAAUAAUAGAGUUUCAUGUAAUUGGCAACAGUUUGAGUCAGCCGGUGUCCAAGCAGACCAUGCUCUGGUUGAUAGGUCUUCACAAUGUUUUCAGUCAUCAAUUACCUCGGAUGCCCAAAGAAUACAUCUCGCAGUUAGUUUUUGAUCCGAAACAUAAAACUCUAGCGUUAAUUAAAGAUGGCAGACCAAUCGGUGGUAUCUGCUUUCGGAUGUUUGCAACUCAAGGGUUCACCGAAAUUGUUUUCUGCGCUGUUACGAGUCAAGAACAAGUUAAAGGAUACGGGACACAUUUGAUGAAUAUGUUAAAAGACUAUCAUAUAAAAAAUAAUAUUCUACAUUUUUUGACGUUCGCUGAUGAGUUCGCCAUCGGUUACUUCAAGAAACAAGGCUUCAGCAAAGACAUUAAAUUACCCCGAGCUAUGUACCAGGGGUACAUAAAAGAUUAUGAGGGGGCAACUUUGAUGCACUGCGAGCUGAAUGCAAAAAUAGUUUACACUGAAUUCACGGCUGUUAUUAGAAAGCAGAAGGAAAUUGUGAAAAAAUUGAUUCAACAGCGGCAGCAAGAAAUUCAAAAGGUUCAUCCAGGGUUGUCAUGCUUCAAGGAAGGCGUUCGAGGCAUUCCUGUUGAAUCUAUUCCAGGAAUUCGCGAGACUGGGUGGAAAAAUUACGCGCAAACGAGAACGAGGGGUGUCGCCAAAGGCAGUCAGGGUCCAGAGCCCAUGGAAGCUUGUCUUGAUAUUACUGAUUCGCUUUAUAAUGCACUGAAGAGUGUUUUAAACAGCGUUAAAAAUCACAGCACCGCUUGGCCAUUCCUGAAACCUGUAGAUAAAAAUGAUGUUCCUGAUUACUAUGACCACAUAAAAUAUCCAAUGGAUCUCAAAACAAUGACGGAGCGAUUGAAAGCUCGAUAUUACGUGACAAGGCGACUUUUUAUUGCUGAUAUGACGAGAAUAUUUACGAACUGCAGAUUAUACAACAGUCCUGACACCGAAUAUUUCAGAUGUGCGAAUGCGCUUGAAAAAUAUUUUCAAACUCGUAUGAAAGAAAUCGGUCUUUGGGAUAAAUAA